AUGCCCGGUGCACCACUUGGCGUGACACUGGUCCUAAUGGCGUUGGCUCGGCUGUUUCAUUGCUUUGAUUGGAGCCCUGCUGAUAACUUAAGGCCUGAAGAUAUUGAUACCACAGAGGUUUACGGCAUGACCAUGCCAAAGGCCAGGCCUCUGGAGGCGAUUGCCCGGCCUCGCCUGCCUUCCCAUGUAUACCGCUAA